UACUAGAGCUUCCAAUAAAGAAUAACAGCGAAGAUGCAGGAUUUGGAGAUUGAGGAGACAUAAGACUCGUCUUGUCCCUAAAAGAUAUAUUCAGGUUGACGACAUCGAUUUCCACGUCAUUUUUUCGCAUGUUCCCAAACUUGUCACUGUUUGUUGUCUUCUGUUCGUUACAGUCAGUAAGAGUUGGUUCAUUCAUCAACUCGGUGUUAAUAACGUCUUUCUCCAUGACGAUCUCAAUGAAAAAGUUACAUGAGUGUUCCUCAAGGCUUUGCUGCUGCCAGUGAUACGCGUGUUUAUCGCCUAAAUUGUUGUAUGGCUAUCUCAGGCAUCUGUAAAUUGGUAUGACAAGUUCACUACCACCCUUGGUGCGCUUUAAUAUCCUUCUUUGUAUAUCUUUCCUUGGGGAGCACUUUCGUCACAACUUUCAUUUACGUUGACAUCGACUUUUGACCGGUAAUAACCUCACCUUUAUCUCCCAUGUGAAGAAGUUUCUAGACUUCCGCUUUAGCAUAAUAUAUCUUAGUAGUAUUCUCUAUUUCAUGAGUACUAAAGCUGCAUGUUCUCCUCACAGCAUUGUCCUCAAUCAGCACAAGUUUGUCCUAUGUCCUUUAUAUUUUGAAGGAGGCUAGUGUUACAGCUUGUCAUCAUAGUGCCUUUCCGCUUGAGCAGAACCAUCCUCUCACUCAACCUCCUCCUUCGGUUCUCCUUGACCCAUAUGCUUAUCUUCGGCUCAUUGGAUGCCUCUUAUACCUGACAAUUACUCACCUCGACAUCACAUAUGGUGUCAAUAAACUCAGCCAGUUUGUUUAUACACCUACUCGUGCCCAUAUGGGUGCUGUUGAAUGCAUCCUUUGUUAUCUCAAGAUCUACCCUAGACAGGGUUUGUUUUUCUCGUCCAGUAUUUUCUUAGACCUCUUCCAUAUGGAUGUUGUUGAAUGUCCAUGCACGACAACACACGUACACAUGACACCAAUGUAAUCCUAGUAGCUUCUGAUGAUAGGGAUAUAUUUUGAUGCAAUGCCAUUCGGCCAAGACUAAGAAUCUUCAAUAAGAGAUACAGAGUCGAAGAGACUCACUCUCUCCUGUAAACUAAUUAUGAUAAGCAAAGAUAUCACGUAAAUCACAUCUUCUUUAUAUUUCCGCAAAUAGUCUUCAUUAUACUUUUCAUAAACGAACUAGUUUCAAUCACUUAGUUGUUGAAAGGAUUCCAUAUACCGAACAUAACCACUUAUUAUUUUGGGUAAAAACAAUAUAUUAGCCACAACUAUUAAGUUCCGGGGAAUUAUAGCCACAAUUAUCAAAAUACAAAUUAUUAGCCAAACGUUAACUUUCCGUUAGCAAUUCCAUUAGUAAUGCUGACUAACCUUUACGAUACUGAGCUGGCUCCGACGUAGCAGUUACCAUACACUUCCUCCUUCCGACGAGCUCUAAAGAGCUUCUUCCACCCACUAACCCGUACCUUCAUUCCUCCUUUCCACCCAAAAUUCCUCCUCUCGUCUUCACCCCAUCCUCCUCUUCUUCCACUUCUACCCUACGCCACCUUCAACUCUGCUCCACCACUAUCCAACAUCACCACUCCCCACUAUCGAAGAUCUUCAGAUCUCCUUCCAAUCCAGAUGCCCCCAUUUCAUCUCUCUCUACCUCAAGCCUCCCACUAAUCUUUCUCAAUCGUUCUCAAGUUCUAGCGACAUCACCAUCACAACCACCGAGUCAAACUCAAAUGACCUAAGCUCAAAAUUAUCGUGAAAUCGACGAUCCAUCCUCUUCCCUGGAGAGAACAAAAAGCUGAGCUCGGUGGCGCCGCAGCACUGCCAAAGUCCAAGAACCGAAAACUGACGCCGCCCUCCAAGGGGAACCCGGCUUCCCCAGCUGCGAUGUCUGCUUCCGACCUGAAAUGGGUCGGAGAACACGGGAGCGGCGGCAGCCAGGCCGUAGGCCAGAUUGGGGUUCGUGGCUGGGCCAUUCUCUCGAGAGCCGCCGCCAGAUUUACAUAGCCGCCGCCAUAGGCCAGAUUGGGAUCCCUCUGUUUGUGCCACCUCUUCCUCCUUCCCCUCGUCUCUGUCUCCAAUCGCAGUUGGGGUUUCAAUUGAUGGAUUUGGGGUUGGAGGAGGAGGGAAGAAGGGAGAUUGAGGCGGAGGGAUUCAAUUGGGAGGAGGAGGGAAGAAGCGACGGCUAGGCGGAGGAGCAGGAAAGAAGGUCGAGAGGUGAUGUUGCUGGAGAAGAAGAAGGGGAAAGUAGGGCUUUGACCCUCAAUUUUUAUUUUUAUUUUUUAUCUUCAAAAAUUAAAAAUAAAAUUUAAUCUGACGU